AUGCCUCGUCUUUCGUACGUUAUCCUCGCGCUCGUCGCUCUCGCUUCAGCAUCCGAACCUUCAAAGCCGCGUCUUAUAGAUUUCAAUCCCUGGUCAUGGAUCCCAAACAACCGAAACAAGUCGCCAUCAAUCAUGGAUUAUUUCUUCCCGCCAUCCAGAACCCCAAAGCAAUCUAACUUAGAUCCUCCGGCGGACCGACAGCCUCCCACAGUACAAACUACCAUGGAUGACGCUGCAACCAUGACAACUAUUAAUGAGCGUCCAACUACUAUGGCAAGAAAAUCCCACAAUAAAAUUAAAACCACUAUUCCAGCUCCUCGUCCUACAGCCACUGCUCCACCAAAAUUAAAAAAAACUUCCCACAAGACUCUCCCUACUGAGACAACUGUUGAAACAAAAGUCACCCAAACAAUUAAAUAUGAAUCGUCAACUACUAAGGUACCGGUAACCUCGCGGCCAACAAAACAUUACUCUAUCCGCCCAUUGCGCACCACUGAGACAUCGUUUGUUCAGGAAACUGCCUCUACAAUGAACUUGAACAGCGAUAUUACUGAAACUAUUGCCGUUGAAACACUGGGAACUACCAAUGAGAUUGUGAAGGAAACUGUUGUGCCGACUCUGAGUACAGAUCAGCAUUCAACAGAAGGAUCUUCAACAAUAACCAUGGACUCCACGACGUUUACUGACAGCACCACAGAACCAGCAGAUAGCCGCGAAGGAUACCUUCCGUUGAGAGACAAGCCUCAACAGACGCACGUAAAGAUCAAUGACCAGACUAAAAAAGAGGUAAGAGACAAUUUUUUGCGAAAUUACUAA